GUAAUACUAAUUCAAAUCAUAAAAAUCAAUCAGGUGUAUCAGUGAUACUGCUUGCAGAUGAAAAAGGUUAUUUUAAAUGUCUUAAAUAACUAGUACAAGCUGAAACUGAUCUAGAAUUAUCCCCUAGGACUAAGAGUAAUUAUUUAGAAAGAUUUAGCAAUCGUUUAUCUUUCUAAUAUUGAUAAAAUGAUAGAUUAUUAUUAUUGAAUUAAUUUAUUGCUAGGUAUAGUAGCAUUAACAAUGAAUUUAUGUAGACAAAUAUCGUUAUUUUGUGCAGUAAAAGAAGGUCGAAUAGAUAUAGCUCAACAUUUAUUAGAUCGUGGAACUGAUCCUGGUGUUCAAAAUCAUUAUAAAGUUAGUGCCUUAUGA